AUGGUCAUUCUUAAAGGUAUAACUGUAUAUAUUAGUACUACUACUACUACUACUACUACUACUACUACUACUACUACUACUACUACUACUACUACUACUACUACUACUACUACUACUACUACUACUACUACUACUACUACUACUACUACUACUACUACUACUACUACUACUACUACUACUACUACUACUACUACUACUACUACUACUACUACUACUACUACUACUACUACUACUACUACUACUACUACUACUACUACUACUACUACUACUACUACUACUACUACUACUACUACUACUACUACUACUACUACUACUACUACUACUACUACUACUACUACUACUACUACUACUACUACUACUACUACUACUACUACUACUACUACUACUACUACUACUACUACUACUACUACUACUACUACUACUACUACUACUACUACUACUACUACUACUACUACUACUACUACUACUACUACUACUACUACUACUACUACUACUACUACUACUACUACUACUACUACUACUACUACUACUACUACUACUACUACUACUACUACUACUACUACUACUACUACUACUACUACUACUACUACUACUACUACUACUACUACUACUACUACUACUACUACUACUACUACUACUACUACUACUACUACUACUACUACUACUACUACUACUACUACUACUACUACUACUACUACUACUACUACUACUACUACUACUACUACUACUACUACUACUACUACUACUACUACUACUACUACUACUACUACUACUACUACUACUACUACUACUACUACUACUACUACUACUACUACUACUACUACUACUACUACUACUACUACUACUACUACUACUACUACUACUACUACUACUACUACUACUACUACUACUACUACUACUACUACUACUACUACUACUACUACUACUACUACUACUACUACUACUACUACUACUACUACUACUACUACUACUACUACUACUACUACUACUACUACUACUACUACUACUACUACUACUACUACUACUACUACUACUACUACUACUACUACUACUACUACUACUACUACUACUACUACUACUACUACUACUACUACUACUACUACUACUACUACUACUACUACUACUACUACUACUACUACUACUACUACUACUACUACUACUACUACUACUACUACUACUACUACUACUACUACUACUACUACUACUACUACUACUACUACUACUACUACUACUACUACUACUACUACUACUACUACUACUACUACUACUACUACUACUACUACUACUACUACUACUACUACUACUACUACUACUACUACUACUACUACUACUACUACUACUACUACUACUACUACUACUACUACUACUACUACUACUACUACUACUACUACUACUACUACUACUACUACUACUACUACUAAUAUUUUUGACCGUCUGAAAUAA